AAAUGGACAAGCAAUAAUAAAACUGGUAAAUGGGUAGUUAUGUUGUAUAAAGGAAAGGAGAGAGGCGGCGCCUGGUGUUUAUUAUGUUGAUACAGAUACAGAGGCGCAAUUAGUUUUGUGUGUGUGGCAUUCCUUCAGAGCUCUGGAAGUUCGCGGUCUAAACCAGGCUGCGACACUUUCUUUCUCUCUGAAGGAAUUCCAAUUUAUAUCAAAACCCUAGUUAAGACUACUACAUCUACCAGAUUUGAUUUUCCUCUUCUUCUUUUUUUUUCUUUUUUUUGGUUAGUUUCAGAAGCUUUGCAUUUAGAGCCAAAGCGUUGUCUACAUUCAUUAUUCUUUUACUAACAAAAUUUUGAAAAAAAAGCUCGGUUUUGAAGAGUUCCAUCCGAAGAAGUAGUUUUGUGUUUGGCUCUUUGAGAAUUUUGUAUCAGACGCAAUAGCAUUUGUGUAAUUCGUCGAGAUAACUUGGUCUAAUAGUCAGAUCUAAUUUUGUUAAGCCCAAAAGAAAUCUUGGGAGGUGAUAUAGCAAUGGAGACCACAUUGCAUUUUUGUGGGAUUAAAACGGCUUGCCCUUUAUCCGGGGCUUCCGUCGGGAGGAGUUUGAGAUAUCAACCUGCGUUGUCUCAGCGGCUUCGUUUUGCAACUUGUGUGGCUUCGACUGGGGCUCUGAAUUCUAGUUUAAAAAAGUCAUCUUUUUGUACAAGUAGAGCAUUGAGAGUCAGCUGCAGUGGAGGAAUUGUGGAUGUAAUUGAGAAGAAUGAGAUUGAGAAUCACAAUUUAGGGAAAAAUGACAAGCAGUUGUCAUGUGUGAUGAAGUUUGGGGGAUCAUCUGUGGCAUCUGCAGAGAGAAUGAGAGAGGUGGCUGAUCUUGUACUCAGCUUUCCCGAGGAGAGGCCUGUCAUUGUUCUCUCAGCCAUGGGAAAGACAACUAACAAACUGUUAGUGGCUGGAGAAAAGGCUGUAAGUUGCGGUGUGACCAAUGCAUCUACUAUUGAUGAAUUGAGCUUUAUCAAAGAAUUGCAUCUCAGGACCGUGGAUGAACUUGGAGUGGAUAGGUCUAUCAUUGCAACACACUUGGAAGAGUUGGAGCAACUUUUGAAGGGAAUUGCUAUGAUGAAAGAGUUGACUCUGAGAACAAGAGACUACUUGGUUUCAUUUGGGGAGUGCAUGUCCACAAGGAUUUUUGCAGCUUAUUUAAACAAGAUUGGGGUCAAAGCCCGCCAGUAUGAUGCUUUCGAAAUUGGUUUUAUAACCACAGAUGACUUCACAAAUGCUGAUAUUUUGGAAGCAACUUAUCCGGCUGUGGCAAAGAGGUUACAUGAUGAUUGGAUUUGCGAUUCUGCAAUUCCAAUUGUUACCGGCUUCCUUGGAAAGGGCUGGAGGACAUGUGCAGUCACCACACUGGGCAGGGGUGGUAGUGAUUUGACAGCCACAACCAUUGGUAAAGCAUUAGGGUUGCGAGAAAUUCAGGUGUGGAAGGAUGUUGAUGGUGUUUUAACAUGUGAUCCAAAUAUAUAUCCACAUGCAGAACCUGUCCCUUAUUUGAGCUUUGAGGAGGCUGCGGAACUUGCAUAUUUUGGUGCUCAGGUUUUGCAUCCACAGUCCAUGAGACCAGCUAGAGAGGGUGAUAUUCCUGUUAGGGUGAAAAACUCAUACAAUCCCAAAGCUCCAGGAACUCUCAUUACCCGGUCAAGGGAUAUGAGUGAGGCUGUACUGACGAGCAUUGUUUUGAAACGGAAUGUGACCAUGCUGGAUAUUGUUAGCACUCGCAUGCUUGGUCAAUAUGGCUUCCUUGCUAAAGUAUUUUCCACCUUUGAAGAUUUGGGCAUAUCCGUGGAUGUUGUAGCUACUAGUGAAGUCAGUAUAUCCUUGACAUUAGACCCCUCAAAGCUUUGGAGCAGAGAGCUAAUUCAGCAGGCAAGUGAGCUUGACCAUGUUGUGGAAGAACUGGAGAAAAUUGCUGUUGUCAAUCUUCUUCAGAGCAGAUCAAUCAUAUCUCUCAUUGGAAAUGUGCAGAGGUCAUCACUAAUACUAGAAAAGGUAUUCCGUGUUCUUCGAACUAAUGGAGUCAAUGUUCAGAUGAUCUCUCAGGGUGCAUCUAAGGUUAACAUCUCGUUGAUCGUAAACGAUAGUGAAGCAGAAAAUUGUGUCUGCGCUCUUCACCAAGCUUUCUUUGAGAGCAAUAUCUCUGAACUGAAAAAAUCAAAUGGUUCAGUUUCAGCGUAAUAGGGGAAGCAUCAAAUUCUUUAAUGAUGGUGGUAGUGGUUUAGUAGUAAGUUAAUACCAUGGUGGUUUUUUGGGGUAUUGACUCUUUAUUUUUCUCUAGCGGUGAAUCCCCCCAUUGUGCUCUCUCAUUUGUUAGAUUGGAAGCAUAGAUGUGGGAUUGUUUCUCAUGCUUUUCUAUGUUGGAAAAAAUGUGUAUUGCUUCAAUUUUAUACAAAUAAUCUAGUGGUCUUUGUUCUAUUUUGCUAAAA